GGGCUGAGUCAGAAGAAGGGGAGGAACAGUCAAGCAAAGCAGGACGGUAUUGGCACAGACACAGACGUCGAAAGACCACAGUUUUCCGGUCCUCCUUGCACACCAAAGGGUUCCAGUGGAGUGCUUCGGCGACAGCGAAAGUGGGGAACAUUUCAGCGUCCCGAGACUUCAAUGUAGUUCUAAAUUGCGGCUGAAGCAACGAAGGAAGCACCGACCUGGUGUUGCGCGGAACCGACAAGAAACUCCCAUAGGGGUCCUCGAUACUUUCCACUGGAUUAAGCCCCUUAGAGCGGUUCGGAGAGAAUCGCAAACCGAGUCUAUCGUUGUGGUCAUGCGUGCGAACGGAAACAAGCGAUUGUGUUGCAAAGGUUGGGGACUCAGUGGACGUUCAGCUCGUCGUCACCGAGCCUGUUCGUGCAGCCGUGAGGGAAAUUCUGGUCGCUCUGCUGCGAAAACUUCUCCGAGAUUCGACUGCUUCGUCCAGACAGACGAAGGCAAGUCCGGAGCUCUUCAAAGGAUGAGGCGACUCUUGAAGAAAUGGCAAGACGUCGAGAGCGGUGUCGCUGCGGAAACGGGGAAGAAACGUGCCGCCGCUCUCAACCCCAGGGGGGGGCCUUGCGUCAGACGGCUCCUCAAGAAGACAAAGGCGAGAAAGAGUCGCCCACGCCACACCUCAAAGGAGUUAUUCCGUUUCUUCGUGAAAAAACGCGGAGGCUUCUGAAAAGCGACAAGGUCUCUUAGGUAGAACUUCUGCGACUUUUUUCCUGUACGUUGAGAGACACCGUGGCACACCCGCGUGGGGUUCGAGAGACCCCGUGCGCUUGUCACGACUUUGGGCGUCCUGUUCUGAACGUUUCUCUGCAUAAAUGCCUGGUUUCCUUCUUCGUUGUUGUUCUUCCCUGGGUUGCCAGUCUCUUCGCGAGUCUUUCUCGUCCUGUGCGGCACAAGAAAUCCCUUUAUCGAGGAAGUGUGGCUGCCUGUCGCCCCUCUCGAGUCCGCUUCGCCGCGUUUCUGUGAAUGAGUGAGUCCGCGUUUCGCUGUUUCCCACGGAAAGAAGUGUUGAGAAAUUGACUGGUGUCUCGCGGGCCUCCUGUCUUCUUCGUGGAGUUCUCAUCUUCUAACGCGAGCGGAACUUCUCCAAAACCUGCAGGUCUCUCGACGCGGAUGCUUGCCACACCGUGAGUUGUCCCGAGCUGUAUUGACAGCCGAGCGCUCAGCUGACUGCGGAAGCCUCUAGGAAUGCGUCUGUUUGUUGAAGUUCCACGAUAUUGAAGCGCGUCUCUCUGGGCUUCUUGAGCAUCUCUGCUCCCAAAGUCUGGGCCUCCAAGACUCUUCAGAACACGCCUCACGAGCGGAGUUGGCCUCGCUUGUGAUCUCGAGAGGAGACACGGACUUCGAGAGUCUCGUUUUCUUCUCUUUUUCUCCUUUCCUCACAAAAGAGAGCGGGGUUCCCGUGAUGAAAGCUGUAGAAAAAGCUCCGAAGGACUCGCAUUUCGCGUGUCGCCUUUCUCAAAGUUCGAAGGUCCCCAACACAGGAGGUCCGGGGCACCAUGGCGCCUAGACGGACUUCCCAGGAGGGGAGAGGAGGCGCAAAACCAUCAGAUUCGCCGCGGAAAAGAGGCAGGAGAGAAAGGAAGAAGAAAGGGGAGUGCGAGAGUGCACCAAAAUGGAAGUCGUAUCCUCUGUCUGCUCUGUGUCCGGGUCGGCGUCCGAGACCUGUUUCAGUUUUCAGAGGCUCUCUGGGGCCGCCUCCCCAAGUGGGAUCCGCGGUUAACUCGUCUUCUGCUUUUGAUGCUCCGGUGUUCGUUGUAGGGCUCUUACCAGGUUCACCUUCUUCCUCUUCUUCUCGGUUCUCCCCUCCUUCUCUUUCUUUCUCCCCCCUUUCGUCUUCUCUUUCCCCAACUUCUUCCACUUGUUGGGGUUCUUCGUUUGUGCCACCUGAAGAGUCCGCGUCGCGUUGUUUUCUUUUCUCCUCCAACUGUCGAUCUGUCGACUGUCUGUCCCCGCGGCGUUUCUUCCCUCGUCUCUCGUCUCACGCCCUCUCCGCGUUGUUUCUCGUUUUCUCUCUGCUUCUCCCGCGCCUGCAGUUUCCUCGCCUGUCUCCUGACAGCAGGUCGUGCAGAGACGAGGCGGAGAGACGUCCGCCCUCUUCGCAAGUUUUCUCCUCCGAUGCCGUUGCCUCCUUUUCUCAAAGUUGCGGCGUCCCCGGUAGCGUCGCGUCUUCUCCCCUCUGGAUCUUUGCCGCUGCGGACUUCCAGCCUCUCGCUGGGAAGUCCGAACUGGAUUUCCAGUCUUCUCCACACACCCAAGAGUCGGAGAGAGACCCGACGCCGCUGUCUGCACUCCCUGCAGCGGGGAAGGCGGCGCGCCUUGCCGAGAGCGACCGGAACGACGAAGCUCGGCAAAGGGAGAGUUCCGUCUCGGUGUAUGCAGAGCGGGUCUCUGCUGGGGGAGAAGAUGCCCAGCAACGUUUGCAGCGCAGAGGCGACGAAAGAUCCGUGAUGCUACAGACAACAGUGCACCUGAGAGACGAAGAGAUCCCGCGCAAACCGGCAGAUGCCUGGGCGCGUUCGUGUCCAAAGAACCCACACUCCUCUGCCCACAUCCAUUUGCCGACAGAUCGAGUUCUCGGCGUCGAAGACGUUACAGAAAAGUGCCUGCGGUACAUAAACUGGUACCGCCAGCAGGGUCUCACGCAUGCACUUGGCCCACUGGAGGCCGCUACGGCCCUUCAAGCGGAGGCAUCAGCUCUCGCAAGGCGUCUGUCCUCAGCCCACUGUCGAGAGGAUUAUCCUUUUCGUUCUCCACAUCCCCUUGUCCCAGGAACUUUCGACGCGAAUUGGUUCAGCGCCAAAGCUCCAGAUUGUCGGUCUGCAACUCGAACUUGGUUCUCUCAGUUGCGUCACUUCAACGGACGCAGCAGGCACGAAUGCAGAAACUUCGAUUUUCGGGUACGACGUGUGGGCGUCGAUUGUGCAGCGCGAGUCGUCAGCGCCCGACGGGGCCGAGCCCGCCGUGCUGUCUGCUUCUUCGGAGGAGACAGAGUUACCUCUGCACUUUCGUUUGAGGGGAACCACCGAAGAGUUCAUCUGGGGCAACCACAGCGCAAGAGGGUUUCCAGCGUUCGGUUCUGAGUCGACGCCCUCGGUGUCUCAGCAGCCGAGCUCGUUGAGCAAGAGCUUCGGGAGCCCACCGCGUGCUUGGGGGACAUCCCCUGGCGACCAGCGCCCUGGCCUCGCGCAGGUGUGGGGAGAAGACCUUUCGGAGGCGACCCUCAUGGACAUGGCGCGCAGGCGAGACGUCCAGAUCGAUGACAGUGGCGGCGUCGACAAACUUUUCAUGGCGCUCGAGGGUGUCGGCGGGCAGGAGCGGCUGCUGGUGGUGGAGGUGGACGAACUCGGUGAACUGGAGCGAGAAGCCGAGACGGAGACGCCCAGCGCCCAUCCGUCACGCUCAGAGGGACCGAGUGCAGCCGACGGGCCCUGAGCACGCAGCGGGAGGAUGUCGCUUGCAGACUCGCGACACAAAGACCGUUUUUUGGGGGUGAAUACCGUCGGCCAGCUGUUUCGGAGACGCACAGAGCUUCUUUCAGGGAACACAGGCGACCUGCUUCCGCAGUCUGUUGUACAGACUUUCUACAACCGGUUUCGGAUAUUUUUUUGCAGCUGCUUCCCAGUUCGUGCUGUAAUCCAUCUUGCACCUUGUUCUGUGAACCGUUGUGCAGGCUUCGCUGUCAUUCGUUGUCUAUACGCUGUUGCAAUCCGUUUCGGACACUUGGCUCUGGUCCGUUCUGUACACUUCCCACCUCGAACAGGUGUCUAGCUCCUCAGUUGUUGUCCUUUAUAUUUUCGCACUUCCAGGUCGCGUGGUUGGUGCCAGUGGAAGAAGUGUACAGAGUGGAGUCGAAUGACUCGGCAUACUUUGUUUCUUUUUGUGUCAGACUGACGGACUGGUGUGUGCUGGUGCCACGCCAGAAAAGCGCCACGGUUCGUUUGCGUGUUAAUCUGGAACCCGCAGCGGUCCGGCCGGGUCUUACUUCCUGCCUCGUGAAUCAUCAAUGAUCCUAGGGCACUGUCUGCCGCCAAACGGCCCCG